AAACAAUCAAAAUGCAUGAACUAUAAAAACGACAAUCCUCAUCCCUGUCAUCACUUUCUGCGCCAUCGUCGACCCGGCAGUCUGCGGGUUGCAAUCGCUGUCACACCAUUCCUCAGCAAAGCGACCCGGCGUUAAUCCCGUUAUGGGGGACAUGAAGACCCCAGAUUUUGAUGACCUGUUGGCGGCGUUUGACAUUCCCGACAUAGAUGCCAAGGAGGCCAUCCAGUCUGCCCCAGAUGAGGCGGAGGGACCCCACACAGCCACCGGGGCGCCUUUGGGAAAGACAGACAACGUGGUGGGGUCGUCCAUGAGCCCCUCGGACUCCCAGGGGGACACCUCCAUUGUUAGUGUGAUUGUCAAAAAUAAAGUGCGUGUGGAGGCAGUGGGUGGAGAGGACGCGGACACCGAUCAGGAUGCUAUUGACGUGAUCGCAGGGGUGGAUGUGGGACCCCGUCUUGGAGCGUGUGCUCCUGGGAUGGCAGAAUCUGAUGUUCUCAACCACAACGGUUUUGGGGUGUCCACGCCGCUCUCCAUUAGCCAGUCCAACGGCGCCCCCUGGCCCAUGAAUGCCCCUAAAGCGGCAGCGGAAACAUCAGGUGCUGGUUCUGCUAAAGCAAACAAACAAGGGGGGAACAUUUUUAACAGACUUAAACCUCUACUCGGCCCAGGUUCUGGAGACCCUGUGGGCCGGGCCAGGAAGAUGCAGCUGUUGCAGCAGCAGCAGGACACGGGACAGGAGAGAGCGGAUGGCCUCAAAGCACCGCUGCCCUCGUCGUCUGCUGGACUCGCCCCGACUUAUUUCCCACCUGCUAAGUCGCUCCCCGCCCCGCCUGCUGCACUCUCGUCACAUCCGCUGCACACGUCCAAGCCUUUUAACGGCGCCCCCAAAAUGGCUGGGUAUCAACACCAGCAGAUGGAGGAAGAGGUGGAGGAUUCCGACGCGGAUUUGGACAGUCCGCUCGUGAUCCAGGAGAACCCGGACUCACCUGUUUCCAGUCAGAUGAACCGGCGUUACAAGUCAGACCAGUCUAAGUCGUCCACUCCAUCACAGCCUAAAUCGGGGGACACACCCCAGGGGACGUCACUGACCCCUCAGUCGGCAUCCACUGACAACCCUCAGCUGGAGGAGAAGCAUUCAGAACACGUCAUCGAGGAGAGGGACUCGCCUGAGAGCCCCGAACCGGAGAUGCCAAAAUCCACUCCUCAAGUGGCGUCCACCAAGAGGUGCUCCAGCCCGGCUGUGGCCUCCACUUCACCUUCUGCUGACCUGAGGGAGCCCAAGGAGGAGGAAGAGGAGAUGGAGGUGGGCAACGGGAUAGAUAAGGCGGCAGACAAGAAUGCUGACAAGGCGGAAAACUCCAGCGAGGAGAAGAUGGAGGUGGACGAGGGCAAGCCUAAAGUUGUUCCUGCUGAGGGAGAGGAGGCAGGGGUUGUCCCACCGGCUACUUCAGGGGCUCCCUCACGGCCCCUGAAGGUCCGAAUAAAAACCAUUAAGACCUCUACGGGCGGGAUAACUAGAACGGUCACCAGGGUGGCCCCAAAAGGUGGUGCUGGGGGGAAAGUUCAGGACCCUAAAGGAGGUGGGGAGCGUAAGCCGUUGGCCAGCAAGACUCAAAAGACUGAUGCGUCCCAGCAGCAGAAAGUGAGCGCUCUUAACGCCCUCCCCGUGUCUACACUUGCCGCUAGCAGCGUCAUGCUCGCUGCUGCCACUAAAGUACAAAACAAGAUGGCCACCUCCGACAAGGCCAAGGUAUCCGUCACCGCCGUUAACAUCACAAAAUCUGCGGCUCUGCCCGCCACGCCUGCCGUGGCCUCCUCUCCCAAGUUCUCUGUUGCCGCCAGUGGGAUCAGUGUGAGGACCGCCACAAAGGGAACCGUCAACGGGGGUGGGGGCGGCACCCCUCAGUCCAAUAAGCCCGCCUCCAUUGUGAACAGCACGGGCGCCGUCAUCUCCAGAAGUCAGUCCAGCCUGGUGGAGGCUUUUAACAAGAUCCUCAACAGUAAGAACCUUUUGCCCAGCUACAAGCCCGACCUCUCGGCGGCGCCACCCCCUGAGUGGGGUCUCCCGCUGCCGGCCACAGGCUACCGCUGCCUGGAGUGCGGCGACGCCUUCGCGCUGGAGCGCAGCCUGGCUCGCCACUACGACCGGCGGUCGCUGCGCAUCGAGGUGACGUGCAACCACUGCGCCAAGAGGCUGGCCUUCUUCAACAAGUGCAGCCUGCUGCUGCACGCCCGCGAGCACAAGGAGCGCGGCCUGGUCAUGCAGUGCUCGCACCUCGUCAUGAGGCCUGUCACCGUGGAGCAGAUGAUCGGACAGCAGGACGUCACACCCGUCGGCAGUGUCCUCUCCUCCUCCUCGUCCUCUCCCUCUUCCACUGCCGCCAUGCCCGGACCUGCCGCCACUUCUGCCGGCUCCAGCCCGAUGAAGGACGCGGGGUCCGCCACCACGGGCGGUCAGGCUCGUCAGGUGCGCCGCACUCCUCAAGCGCUGAUGCCUCUGCCGUGCAAGAAGGCCGAGAGUCUUCACUACAACAACUACAAGUGUCCCGAGUGCCAAACGCAGUUCUCCAGCAAGGCCGCGCUGAUCACACACUUCCAGCAGAUCCGAGCCGCGCCCAAUUCGACAUGCUCGCAGUGCUCACCUCCCAUGAUGCUGCCGAACUCAUGCGCCGUGUCGGCCCACCAGAGGGUCCACAAACACAAGGCACCUCAUGUGUGUCCCGAGUGUGGGGGCGUGGCCCGGCAGGCCAGUUUCCAGGCCCACCUGGAGGAGGCCUGCCUGCACUUUGCAAGGCGCAUCGGCUACAGGUGCUCGAGCUGCCAGGUCGUGUUCGGAGGGUUGAACUCCAUCAAGUCCCACAUCCAGACGGCUCACUGCGAGGUCUUCCACAAAUGUCCCAGCUGCCCCAUGGCCUUCAAAUCGUCCCCGAGUGCCCAGAGCCACAUCAGCACGCAGCACCCCACGCUCACUGGAGGACAGGCCAAGAUGAUCUACAAGUGUGUGAUGUGCGACACCGUCUUCACCCAAAAACCCCUGCUAUACAUGCACUUUGACACGCACUUAGCCAAGCAAAAAGUGCACGUGUUCAAGUGUCCCGACUGCACCAAGCUGUACGCUCAGAAAGGUUCCAUGAUGGAGCACAUCAAGACAGCACACAGAGGCCCGUCAGCGAAACAGGAAGCCGCGUCGGACGCUUCCGGCGCUGCCCCAGCCCCCGCGUCCAGCCUCAAGGCGAAACCCUCGACUAAGCCCGAAAACUCCGACGGCGAGGACUGGGGGCGGGAUCACGAGGAGGAAGAUGACGAGGACGAGGAGGAGGAGGACGACGAAGCGGACGAUGACUACGAGGCGCCGACGGCAGCGGGCGCCGGCGCUCAUCCCAGCACGCAGACGGAGUGGACGUGCCCACAGUGUCAGAGCACCUUCACCGACAACGACGACUAUCUCAGUCACGUCAAGAUGGAGCACGGCAAGUUCCCAUGUCGCAUCUGUGGAGGGAACUUCAGCACAUCCUCCAGCCUCAGACGUCACGAGAGAGUCAUUCACGAGGGCAACAAAAGAGUCUUCCAUUGCCAGUACUGCACAGAAGGCAAGCGUACCUUUGGCAGUCGGUUCUUGCUGGACAAACACAUUCGGCUCAAGCACAGAGGCACAGAUGGACAGGCGGCCCCAGUGACGAGGAAGCGCGCAGCCACAGGCGCAGAAGGUCCAGGAAGCUCCUCAGAGCAGGACGGCGAGGGCGCAGCUCCUGCAGGCAAGCCAGGAGACGAGGACGAGAACACCACGGAGGACGGUGAGGAAGGCGGCGUCCCCACCAAGAGAACCAGGGCAUCUGCUGGAGAGUUAGAGGAAGAAAGUAGCAUUUUCCGCUGUGUGCCGUGCGGCUUUUCCACAGAGGAUGGCGCAGAGUUUCAGCGGCACAUCCCGCAGCACCGCGCCGACACGGCUUCCUUCCAGUGCCUGCAGUGCGGCGUCUGCUUCGCCUCGGCUGGCUCUCUGGGGCGCCACCGCUUCAUCACUCACCGCGUUAGGGACAACCAGGCCGAGGGUGACCGCGGUGUGCCGCGCGCCUCUCCAGACGUCUCGCCCUCUGCCGCAGCCUCCUCCCCUCAGGGGCUGGAGGACGCAGAUGGCAAUCUGAUCUGCAAGGUGUGCGGGCGGCGUUUCGACAAGGCCUCAGACCUCAACACCCACUUCCGGACCCACGGCAUGGCCUUCCUCACCGCACACAAGACGGACAAGCCCCAGUAAAAGAGGGGGCGGGGCCUCAUGAAGCCAGUCUACGAAUGUCGAUGCGGACUUGCAGGUUUUUAGCCACCAUAAACUACUUUUAUCUCGCCUGUGCCCUUGUUAAUGCAUGUUUGACUGUCUUACUCCGGACCCUCUUUGAGCAAAGCAUUUAUAGCGGCACUUGGAUACUGCACUUGGAUCCCUGCGAGGACCCCGAGUCGUCGGCCUCAAACAAGACGUCAGUGCACACACCGCCCAUUGCACGCCCCUCCCUACCUUUUGUACCUUAUGCUAUUCACAGCCUCAACCCUCAUCUCGGCACCAUCAGACUGAUUUGUACUACACUACACUAUUUAUUUAUAUGAAACACUGCUGCUGGUAUGUGAGGAUCAUUUGUGAUGUUGGUGUUCGUGAAGGCAGUAGAAGACGAGAGGUCGGUAGCACGUGUAUGGUUUUAUUUUGCCAUGUAAAUACAUAAUCACACUACAAAAAAAACAUUCUGGAGUUAGUAACUUACUAUGAUAAUGUGAAUACGUGUAGUAUUUGUACUUGUACUGUCCCCACGACCCGCCCCUCAUUUUUUUAAAUCAUUGAAGUAUAAAAGCUCGCUCCCUAGAGGCCACAUGUUGUAAUUACAUAUGCUGUCUCAAUACGUGUGUAACUACAAAUGUUUUUUUUUUAUCUACAGAAUCAGUGCUUGCUGUACUCACAUUUCUUUUGUAAUGUUUCAAAAACAAGCCUCACGGUGUUGUUUUUGUCUUUUUAUAUGUCAUAUUUAUAUAGAUCAGUAAUAGUGGAACUUCAUGUUUUUUUUUCCUCCAUGGUUGUGGUCUGCUUGAUAAAAAAAUGAAUAAAAAUAAUGCCAUACAUUUUUGUGCCGUUUUGAAAUAAACAUGUG